AUGAAAGAAAAAGAGAACCGCACUCUGGGCCUAGUCAAGCCGACCGGAGAGUUCAAGUUUGUUUUCUGUAUUCGUAUUGAAAAACGUAAGCGUUUUGUUUCAGAAAUCGCGUGCUGAAGGUGCAUUCAGCUGUUCUACUGUUGCUCAGCUGCAAGCUGCUUGAAAAAAGCCGAAUGAUCCGGUUAUCACGUUUGUCGUUUUAAUGCUGCAGCUGAAAUUGAGUUUUAUACCACUUGUGUACUUCACAGUUUUCCUCAUUCUUCGUGUUUGCUCUUCUUACAGUCAUUCCUAUUCGGAUUACAGGUAUUUUAGUUGGCUGUUGUAAAAAAAACGAAUUUUUAGCGUAUCAUCGAAUUAUUGUUAUAGCUGCAUGUCGGAAGAUUUUCUAUUGCACUGGCAGUAUCUUGAUGAGGUGCAAUUCUUAAUAUAUACCUUAGAUAACCUUUGAAGAAAAAGAAAAGGGAAGUAGUGGAUUAAUGUCAAGUGUCGUGACGAGCGCGUUAGGAUACAACUGUCAUGAGGUGUUAAAUUUCUGCGAUAAACGUACAGUGGUUCCAAAGCGUAUUAAUUUUCACUAUUUCACUUCAGCUUUAUCAUUUUUGCUUUCGUUUAUACUCUGACGUACUGCAAAAUCAAAGUCAAAAAAGAGAGAGAAAGGGAUGGGAUUUGGACUUGGAUUUGAUUUGCAUACAUUCGAGGGCUCUACACGUUAACUUUCUCAAUAGAUUAACGAAAAUAUUGAAUCCUCAAAGACCAGGGUGUUGCCAAGUUAUCCGCACAUCUCGAACCCGUCAAUUAUUCUUUCAAUUGCCUGAAUCGCAAUGUCAAAACCAAAACUUUUGCGACCACGAGCUGUCUGCUAUUCCUUGGAGACUUUUGACAUAUAUCAGAGAAGACGGACUAGUGUCGUCGACGCGCAUCUUUGGUAUUAUUCCCUCUUGCCAUCAGAAAAAAAAACGGAAAACUACAACUGAAGCUAAACCGACUGUGUUUCAGGUCUACUAUCGACCAAUGAACUUUACCGAUUACUGUUUUAAUAUUCCAAACAAAGUUUGAUUUUUGUCCCAAGUUCAACAACAAACUUUUUUGAUUUGUAGGCUCAAAUUGGUACAAUGCCGUGUAGUCACUCGAUGUGUGUAACUGUAAUAGAACCAAGAAUUUUAGCAGGUUGGUUUGCAGUUUUCUGUGACAAAAAUAACGUGUUAUUGAAUUGGCUGCCAAUGCGAAGAAUGUCACUGUGAAAAUGAUGGAUUUGUUACAAUGCUGUUUGCGGUACUUCUUCAGCAAGCUUGCACACUGACUGCAUCAGUCAAUUGUCACUUCUUUCGAGUCGCACAUCCAAUUAUCUAAUCCCGUUAUUUUUCUAAAGAAAGACGUCAAUUAGGAGCUUUUUCACUUUUUCAAAUCUUUAUGUGAAGAAGUAAAACAACUUAUUCAUAGCUGUUAUAAACUUGAAAGUGCGUUUUCACUCCAAAAAAAAAGAUUAAUGAUGUUAUGCACUGAAAUUAUUCUACUAACAAAACUACAAAUGUUAGUAACAACUUUCCUCUUUUCACGAACUGAUUUUGAAUGACCCUUCACAAAUACCUCAACAACUCUUAGUGGUUUUCCAUUCUAGGAUCUCUAUUCUCAAAACUUUGAUUGGUUUUUUCUGAGUGCGAAACAGAAGAAAAAUGCCGAAGAGGACAGCAAAACGAGAGAGUAAUCACGUUGAAAAUGAAAUUUGAGUGGGAAAGAAUGUGCAUUAUUUUCCCGACAUUUAGGAUAGAAAUGAGACAAAGAACAAUCUUGUUCACUUCAAAAUAGUUUCAGGGCAACAUAUUGGAAACAACAUUAUACGUGGUUGUUUCUCAGGUCUUUUCAAAUACGGAUCUUCUCCAAAAACUGUGAAUCAACAAGUUUUAGGUGAGUCAGAUAAGUACCUUGUAUCAGAGGUUAGAAUGCUUACUUGAUACUUGAAAAUCGGAAAACAAUUUACAAAAUUAAGAUCGAAUUGUGAAACGUAGGGUUGCAGAACAUGAGCCUGAAAUCGCCAGCUUUGCAAUUUUAACAUGAAAAUUUUGCAAAACAGGCGAUUUCAGGCGUCGGUUCUGCAACCCUAGUAUAACGUUACAAAAAACCAAUUUCUCGCAUUAAACUAUCAAGUCAACUAAUCAUUGAGACAGAAAAAGAUGGUUCAAAUACACGUUCAGACACUUCCUGCACAAGGAUGCCUGCUCAUAAACUCUUACCACCAAGACUUGCUGCUCGAAGUAGCAACCGAACGAUAGAAAUGUGCUGGUGUGCAGGGCAACUUUGCAAUGAUUAUCCCAGCGUCGCUAUGAACAACAAGUAAUUUUAUUAACUCAUAUGUAUUCAAAAUUUUUAACAAAAAUUGGGGAUCUCGAAAGAUGAAUGAACCUAUCCAAACUUCCAUACUGAGAGAAGAAUACUGAGAAACCCGUGCAACUAUUAUUGGUCUGUCAUGGAAAGAAUCUGAAUUUGGCAUUGGAGUAAUUUCUGUGUCAAAUAAGACUAGGAUCUCAAGAAAAUAUUAUGACAUUACUGGGGUACCAAGAAAUGGUGAACAAGAAGUCCCUAAAAGAAGGAUCAAACACGUUUUUUAUUUCUCAUUAAUAUAAUACCGUAAAAACUGUAUUAUAACGGCACCUGUAAUAGAACGGCACCUGUAUUAUAACAGCACCUGUAUUAUAACAGCACCCUUAGCUAUCAUUCGAAAAAUAUAACGGCAUGCCGUUUUAAUACAGUUUUUACGGUAUAUUUCCAUAGGACUCCUAUCAGACUUGAACCGCAGCACUUUUAAUUGUCAAUUUUUCACGGAUAACGAGAACACUGUAGAUUUGUGAGUUUUAACUUGAAAACGUAAUUACAAAGACUUGUGGUUUAAAAAUUAAAAACCCGGGUAGUGACACCGAGACAAAACUUGCAUUGUAGCGUAAGAAAUCAAGGCACGUAUAAAUUGAGCUAGUUUUUGAGUUGUUUCUCUUCAACUUUUCACUUGGCUUGGGCUGGCCGGGCGCAAGUUUGUUAAAAAGGCUUCAACAUCAAAUAAAAUUUUUUUGAAAUACAUUAAAUCAAUAUAUUUUCAGUUUCAAAAAAACACUGCAUGUAGUAGUUUCGAUUGGCGCUGUGAUUUUUGCUUCCUUCUACAAAUAA